CCCCGGGUCGCGUCUCCGGGGGUAUGGGGGGACUGCGGUCUGGAGUUCCUCCCCUCCUAUUGGUGGAAAGGGCGCGGGGAGACCCUCCGGUGUCGGCCUUCCGCUUGCUCAGCAAGCGCUGCCUUUAACGUCUGUAGGUCCAGCGUCCCACACUCAUGAGCGAGGGAGGGCUGGGCUUGUCCUUUCCCUCGUGUCGUAGAUGAGGAAGCCGAGACGCGGGGAUGGAAGAGAACUCAAGUGACCCCCCACCGUCCCGCUCUGCUGCUGUGUGGCUUGUUCCCAGCGCUGAGUGGAGCGCCCCAGGCCCGACGCGGAUUAGUUGCUAGCUGGGCACCUUCUGACCCUGCCCCUUCCCUCCCCGCGCAGCCGGCCGACCAUGCCCGCGGGCGUGCCCUUAUCCACCUACCUGAAAAUGUUGGCGGCCAGCCUCCUGGCCAUGUUCGCGGGCGCGGAGGCGGUGCACAGGUACUACCGGCCCGACCUGACAAUACCUGAAAUUCCACCAAAGCCUGGAGAACUCAGAACAGAGCUUUUGGGGCUGAAAGAGAGACAACAGGAACCUCCAAUUUCUCCGCAGUAGAAACUUUGUAAUAUAACUAUGCCAAGAUUUCUGUGA